GGCGCUGUCGCCUGACAACAACAGUCUGUAUGAACGCAAGCAGCCGAUCAAAGCUAAGAGCGAAGCAGCUACAUCAUGCUUGCAGUAACUUUAAGUGAUGGGGGAGAUGGAGGACACAGACUUUGAUGAUGUUUUAGAUGACUGGUUUAUCGAGUCCCUGAAAUUGUAUAAAGAUCUUCACGUAUAUCAGCUGGAACAUCCCACCCAGGUCAUUGAGUGGACGUCAGAGAGGACUGUUUGUGUUGCGGGCUACUCUUCUUCUAAAAAUGACAUUUUGGAGCUCCGAUUGCCGCUGAAGCUUUUUGCUGAUGAAAAUAAGGGUCUCUGUGCAGAACGAGAUUUUAAAGUUGUCUGCGGUGGGUUCACAGAAGGCCCCGUUCGCUGCCUCAGAUACAUCCCAGGAACCAGGUGUGUCGUCACCAAUGAUGGACAGAGCUCGGACCUGCAGGUGUGGGACCUCGGAGGAGACGACACUGCGGCAGACGUGAUCAGGAGAACAGGAAGCAUUAAAGGAAAGAGGAGAGCUUCAGAGACGGGCAGCAGGAUAGCAGCUCGACUCUCGUCAGCUCCUCAAGUCCUUCAUGGAGCUCACAGCAGCGACGUCCAGCUGACUCAGCUGACUUCGGGACAGACUCUCUAUAAACUAGAGACUGACUCAGCAGAUCCUCUGAGCUCCUUACAGUUUGUGGGUGACACAGUUUUCCUCGCUGGCUGCUGUAAUGGGAGUGUUUACAUGGCAGACACUCGGACAUCUGCUGCUCCUCAGCUUUCACCUCCACCAGCAUCUUCGGGUGAAUCGGUCCACUGGUGGAUGGACGUCUCUGCAGGUCCACAGCUGUCCAGCUGCAGGGUUGUGAGACUGUCUUCCUCUGGACAGGCGGUGAUUUCAGACAUGAGGAAUCUGGGAGGAGCUGUAUGUCAGGCUCAGCUGGAUGUCCAAACAUGUUGCUGCAAACCGGAUGAUGUCAGAGUGUCGUGGGCUCCAGCGCUGGAGGACUGCGUCUCAGUGUCAGCAGGUUUCAGUGGAGUUGUUGAGAUCUACGACACGUCUGUCUGGAGGACGGAGCUGCAGGAAGCUCAGCCGCUCUUUCAGCAUCGUGGCCACGUGGUUGCAUCACAGCAGACCGAUGGCUCUGUCCCCGUCUUUGUCACCUCUCACGUCUGGCAUCCUGAGCGGCCGAGGACGCUGCUGUCUGCAGCCUCAGAUGGAUCAUUUCACGUCUGGGACUGGGUAGACCCAGAUGGAUCAGCUGCUGGCAGACCAACACCAGACACAGACUGAGAAUCCUUUUUCAUUAGGAACGAUGUUUAUGAAAUAAACUUGUGAUAUUUGAGAAAAGAUAACUGGAUAAUUUUUUGAUGGAAACACUGAACAUUUUCAGAUGUGAUGACACAAGAAAACAGUCUUAAAAAGAAGAGACUCUAAAAGUUAAUUAAUUACAAAUAAAUUGCUGUUAGAUUAAACUCAGCUGUUGUUGGUAAUUGCUCAUUUAAAAACAGAUUAAUGUACCACAGCACACAUUUCUCAUCAGAAUUAAGUUUGUCCACUUACUAACUAGCUGGUUAACUUUAACAUAGUUAUUAGGUAAUCACAAAUUUAAUAAGACAUUUAAAGGUCCCAUAUUAUACAUUUUUUCAACAAUUUCAUGUGGGUGUCAAAGAAAGUGUUUUACCCCAAAUUCAGCCUUGGUCCUUAAUUUCAGCCCUUCCAAAAGCAGCUCCAGUGAGCUCUGCUGAGAACGGGCUGUUUCUGUGUCUGAACCUUUAAAAGUUCACGAGUGGUAAUAUAGGACCUUUAAAAUUACUUCCAUCACUGUGCAUGUGGAAGAGGUCAGAGGCAGCAUGAUCUGGAUGACAUGACAUUUUUACGUCGCCAUAAAAAAACGCUUGGUCACCUGGAGCUGCUGUCAGCUUCACUAGAAGGUUCAGAUCUGAAACUCUCCCAGCUUUUGUGUGAUGUUGGUGGACCAUAAAUCUCUUGAACUGCUGUUAUACUCUUCUUCCUCCAUGUUAUUUUCUCCCCACACCUGCAUCUCUAUAACAUUUUUAAAAGCAGGUGUUUAAAUCAGCAAAUACCAGGAUUCAUUCUGUAGCACAUAUACAUAUAUAUAUAUAUACAUAUAUAUAUAUAUUUGUAUAUAAAUCUUAGCCACAGAGACUUUUAGAUCAUCUGGGUCAAGUUUGCGUUUCAUCCCGAGUUAAAACCAAUCAAGGAGAAUCAGCGUUAAGUUGUUAAGUUUCUAAUAUCUGAAAUAAACUAUCAGAAAACCUGAAGUUUGCUCCAAACCUUUGUUCUUUUAAAAUCCCGUCUGAUAACUCUUGUUUAUCGCUGCUUUAAACAAAGACUUGUUUUUUUCUAACAUUUUCUCACACGUCCAUUGACAGUUACAAUGAUGAUACGUUUCUUAUUGAUUUUUGUCUCUAUCAUGUAUAACCCACUAUAACUGAUUCUGUUUAAAAAGAAUAAAACGGUUUGUUUUAAUUCUAUCUUUAAUGUUUCUUUUGCACCUUGCUUUUAAUGUUUUAUGUAAAGCAUUGAGUUGUCUUGUACAUGAAAUGUGUUG